AUGGAGAUAAAAUCGCGGUUAAUAGAUGAUUGCGGGCCCAGCCUCAAGAUCUCCAAAUGCGACGGCCACGAGAUGGCGAUUGAAGUUCCUUUGCCCGACAGCGGCUCCUCGGUGUACUUGCAGCAUCUCAAGUCAUUCUCAGAACUUGCCUGCCAGCCAGAUAUCGUUGAUGGAGUAGCGCGUUUCCGUUUGCCGUUGGACAACGUGUUCCAGUGCGGCAUAACACGCGUUACAAAUCAGCAAACCGGCACCCGCACGUACUGGGCGCGGGUGGUGUUGGAGGAGGCGCAGGGCGGCGACAAGGAGAUACUGAGCGCCAAAUGCACGGUGCCCGGCCCCGGUGCUGCCUCUGCCGAGGCUGAGGCCGACGCGUUGGUCAUCACGCCCGCCCUCGCAGCCAACCGCACGCGGAGGAACGUGCUGCCGGCGGGCUUCCAGGAGGAGGAGGUAUUGGAGGUGAGGCCUGUGGAGAAGACGGUUCAAGCCCCGCAACUGGGAGUGGAGGUGCGCCAGGGGGGCCAACCAGUCACCGGAGAGCUCAACGUCAACCCAGGGACGCCGCUCACCAUGGAGAUCUUCCUGGACAAAGUCGCUGCGCCGAUAUAUGGUCUCCUAGUGUCCCAUAUGACCGUGUCUGAUACCAAGGCUCAGGAAGAAACCAUUGUCUUCAACGGGUGUUCUGUCGAUCCAUAUUUGUUUGACAAUUUUAACACAGUCGAUGGUGACUUCCUGUCUGCCAAAUUUCGUGCCUUCAAGUUUCCUGAAUCCUCCUUUGUGCAGUUCCGUGGAACUGUUACUGUCUGUCUUGGCAAAUGUCGCGGGGUGGAGUGCAGUAAUGGAGUAGUAGGAUAUGGUAGAAAGCGUCGUGCUGUUGCUAGUCUUCCACCUGAUCCCAACAAGGUCUUUGAGGUGGCUUUAUCAGCAUUUAUUAAAGUAGAUUAUGAAAAUGAAGAAGACCAAGCAAUGGAAAAAGGUGGCCUCCUCCCUGGCUGGAGCUUUGCUGUCACGUGACCAUAGUUGCAUAGUAAGCAGAGUCUUGCUAUGAGAAUUCAGUCUGAAUGUAUCAGGAUAAACAAAAUGACUG